GUUGCUCUAAUUUGCGAUCAGGCUGAAAGAUUGGUCUGACUUGUUUUGAUCUCUGAUGCCAGGGCCCUUAGGGAAUUGCCAGCGAUCUACAACGUGGCGACAUGAAUGCAGUGACUUAUGAGGACCUGCAUGUGAACUUCACUCAAGAGGAGUGGGCUUUGCUGGAUACUUCUCAGAAGAUGCUCUUCAAAGACGUCAUGUUGGAGACCUACAGGAACCUCAAUGCUAUAGGCUUUAGUUGGGAAGCCCAAAAUAUUGAAGAACAUUGUCAAAGUUCUGGAAGACACAGAAGGUGUGAAAGGAGUCAGAGUGCAGAGAAACCCUCUGAAUAUACUCAACGUGGUAAAUCCUUUGCUUUACGUGCUCACAGUCAUGCCCAAAGGCAUGAAAGGAUUCAUACAGAAAAGAUCCCCUCUGAAGUUAUUGACUGUGUCGAAGACGAUUUACCUUACACAAGUCUCCAAGUACAUAAAAGAACACAAAAUAGACAGAAACCCUAUGAAUGUAAUCAAUGUGGUAAAGUAUUUGCAACGCCCAGUUGUCUUCAAAGGCAUGAAAGAAUUCAUACUGGAGAGAAACCCUACAAAUGUAAUCAAUGUGAUAAAGCUUUUUCCCAAUACAGUUAUCUUCAAACUCAUAGAAGAACACAUACAGGAGAGAAACCCUACAAAUGUAAUCAAUGUGAUAAAGCCUUUUCACAACACAGUACUCUUCAAACUCAUAGAAGAACACAUACCGGAGAGAAACCCUACAAAUGUAAUCAAUGUGAUAAAGCCUUUGCUCAGAAAUGUAAUCUCCAAACUCAUAGACGAACACAUACUGGAGAGAAACCCUACAAAUGUAAUCAAUGUGAUAAAGCCUUUUCCCAAUACAGUCAUCUCCACAUUCAUAGAAGAAAACAUACCGGAGAGAAACCCUACAAAUGUAAUCAAUGUGAUAAAGCCUUUUCCAAAUACAGUCAUCUCCACAUUCAUAGAAGAAAACAUACCGGAGAGAAACCCUACAAAUGUAAUCAAUGUGAUAAAGCCUUUUCUCAGAAAUGUAGUCUGCAAAAACAUAUAAGGAUACAUACUGGAAAAAAACUCUACAAAUGUAAUCAAUGUGAUAAAGCCUUUUCACAACACAGUACUCUUCAAACUCACAGAAGAACACAUACCUGAGAGAAACCCUUCAAAUGUAAUGAAUGUGAUAAAACCUUUUCCAAAUACGGACAUCUCCAAAUUCAUAGAAGAACACAUACCUGAGAGAAACCCUUCAAAUUUAAUGAAUGUGAUGAAGAAUUUUCCCACCAUUAUAAUCUACAAAUUCAUGACAGAAGAAAUACUAGAGAGAAACCUUACAAGUGUAUUCAGUGUGUGUAAGUCUUUUAAAACAUUUUCAUCUUCAAAAGAAUAAAAGAAUCCACACUGGAGAAAAAAGCUACGAAGGAAUUGGACUGUGAGCAACCUUUUUGCAACGCCAUCAUUUCUGAAUGUAUAUGUGAACGUACUGAAGAGAAAGACUGUGAAUAUGAUCAUAGUCUUAAUCAUCAUGAAAAUAUUUUAGGGGCCAGAAUCCUUCUGAGUAUAAGCAAUGUGGAAAAAUCUACACUGGGCAGUUAUCUCCUAAUGCAGCAAGGAGCACAUACGGCAGAGAGAGAGAGACAGACAGAGAUAUAUAUACAGAGAGACCAUAUAUAUAUACACAAUGUGAUAAACCUUUGUAUAUCACUGUUAUCUUUGAAUACAUAAAAGAGCACAUGCUAUAUCUCAGAAUACAUAAAAGAAGACACUGGAGAGAGAAACU